AAUGUACGCACAGUCGUUAUCUCUCGAUAAUCUAAUACACAGGUAGGUAGGUACCGUACGGCAACUCUGGACGUCCCGGUUAUUGUACUCAAAUAGACAGUAAGUUAAGCUACUAGCUAGUGUAAAAUGACUAACAGCACAGCAAACAGCAUGGCCGCUAUGUCCUCGGCCGCCAGCUCGGACACUAUGUCUGAGGUGUCGGAUUCCGGAACUGGAACGUCGGGAAGGAGCUACAGCGAUAGCCGGGAAGAAAUGCACAAUCUGGCAAAUUCUUUGGGCCUAGAGUCAGCCGAGGACUUAGCUAAGGAACGGUUCAAAGUCGAUAGGAAAAAGCUCGAGGCCAUGUUACACUGUGAUGGAGAAGACGGGAUAACGGCAGUCAAUUUCUUUCAAAAAGUAAUGACUGAUACGAGAACAUUAAUACUUUGGCCGACAAGACUUAAAAUUGGAGCAAAGUCAAAGAAAGACCCUCAUGUUCGAAUCGCUGGACUAGCAGAUGAUGUAAAAGCGGCCAAAAUGCAGGUUAUGAGUGUUUUGGAUGAUAGAAGCAAUCGCGUGACAAUGAAGCUGGACUUAAGCUACACUGACCAUUCUCAUAUUAUUGGUCGGGGAGGUCUGACAAUUAAACAAGUAAUGGAAAAUACUGGAUGCCACAUACACUUUCCUGAUUCAAAUAGAACAAGCUUAUUAGAAAAAAGUAAUCAGGUUUCUAUUGCUGGUAACUGUGGUGCCGUUGAAAGAGCUAGAGCACGUGUUCGGGAAUUGACUCCAUUGAUAUUUUGUUUUGAUUGGCCAAACAUUGGAACUGUUCAAAAUUAUCAAGAUCCGUCUAGCCAGUUUCCGUACAUUGGCUCUAUACAGGAGAAUUACAAUGUGCAUGUUAUGUUUCGUACGAGACCAAAACUCCAUUCGACUAUGGUAAUGGUUAAGGGCCACGAAUGGGAUGUUGUGAGAGUUAAAGAAGCGACAAUGCAACUCAUAACGCACAUGUGUGGUAACCUCGCAAAUCAAGUCUUAAUACUUAUGGUUAUGGAAAUAUCACCUCAACACCAUAAAAUAGUUAUGGGACCAGGUAAUGAAACGCUUAGAGCCAUUACUCGUCGUACUGGAGCACAAAUAUUAUUUCCAGAUGCUAAGGAUCCUAAUAUACCUUCUAUAAAAAAGAGUAGUGUUACCAUCACCGGUCAUAUACAUAAUGUCUACGCGGCCCGUCAAAUGCUUAUUGGCUCAUUACCAUUGCUUCUCAUGUUUGACAUACCGCAAGACGAAAUGGUACUAACCCACGAACAAAUCGAAAGCGUAAUGCAACGUUUGGACAUACAUAUAUCACUUAGACAUAAAGCUAGUCAAAAUAUUUACACGGUUUCAAUAAAAGGUUUUGAAAGAUCUGUGGGUAACAUUUAUGAAGGGCGAAGAUGUUUAUUGGGUGGUACAGGAGAAAGAAUAGCGCCAAAUAUACCAAAUACAUAUAAUGUGUCAAAUGAAAACCCAUCAUUUUUGAUUUCCAAUGGAGAGUUCUAUGGUGGUAAUCGCUACCCCAACAGACCUUUUAAUAAUUUAGGAGGAUUUAAUAAUUUUACUAAUUUCGCUGGUCCGAUGUCAUCGUCAUGUCGUAACAGUGUAGUUAGCUUACCUUUAGUGGGUAGUCAUGGUAAUAUUCCUCAAAUUAACGUUUUGGGACCUAGGAUCCAACAACUGGCCAAUGAUUUAAAAAUGGACAAUUUAUCAACCAACAACAAUCACAUAGGAAAAUCAACAUUUAAUUAUAUGCAAGAUUCGGCCAACUCUUCGCCAAAUCAAAGUUUACUAUCAAAUGGCGAUUUAGAACCCGAAAUGUUUGAAAAUCGUGCCCCUGGUUUUCGUAGACAGCCAAUCAAUUAUGAUUACCAAAAUUUGAGAGUUACUGCAGCCCAAGUAUCUCAGGUAAAACCUAAUCGUUCGGAAAUUAGAGUUCCAACAUCAGUGUGGUCCGGUUAUGGGUUCAGUCAAUCUAGCCCGUCCGCUUUGCUCAAAGGACAACGAGAGAAUGAACAAAAUAUAUGGAGCAAUAAUUCGCCUGAAACAAACAAUGAGAAUACAAUGGCAGAGUUAAUUCCUAUGGAAAUGAGUAAUCACUUAGACGCUACGCCUACUUCGACUGUUUCUAAGAUAACGUCAUCUUCAUUUGCUGACUUGCCUUCUCAUUUGGCUAUGCUUGGUUUAGAUAAGUACAUAAAUUUAUUUAAAUCUCAUGAAAUCGAUUGGACCACUUUUAAGACGUUGACAGAGAGUGAUUUAAGAGAGAUUGGUGUUACAGCAUUGGGAGCGCGUAGAAAAAUAUUGCUGUCCAUUGCUGAAUUAAACAAAAGAUGCCCAGUUGGUGGAUUGUUUGGUAUUAGUCCAGCUCCAGGAGCAGAGAGAAAAAGUCCUGCGUCUAAUAACAGUCCUUCAGACACGUGGUAAAUCAAAAAUAUAUAACUGCAUGUUGAGUAACUUAUAAUAAUUUUUUAUACUAAAAAAUUGUAAAUUAUUAUUAUUUAAAUUAUUUAGAAACUCAAAAGUGGGUUUUAAACAAUUUUUUUCAUUAUAGAAAAUAUAAAUAGGUAUUAAAAACUUAUUAUAAUAACAUAACUAACUACAGAUUUAUUUAAAACAUAACAAAACUUGUAAUAUUUUAGUAACAAUUACCCUUUAUAUAUUGUCUUCGUUCGAUACUAGUAUAUUAUUAAGUUGUAACCAAACAUUUCUUAUGGCUUUUAUAUUCCUACCUACAUAUAUUAUACAUUUAAAUAUCCUACCUACCAUUUUUUAAAAAUUAUUCCCAAGUGUAUUUAUUUAUAUCGAACUAUGCUUUAUGUUAUUUUAUUUCUAAAAAACCGUAUUAAUGUUGAAUUUUUUAUGCGAUCGUCAAUGUUAUUGUUAGGCGCAUUAUAUGUUUGUUAUUAUUUUAAUAAUGGUCGAUCGUUGGUAAAGUAUGCAGAGCGAUAGACAAGAAACAUUUAUAACUUAUAACAACUUGUGGAAAUAUUUUGAUUUAUGAUUUUUUCAAAACCAUUUAUUGUAUCCAUUAUUAUUCAUUAUGUUAAUUUGAGUUCUAUAUUAUCUUAUCUUAUUAUUUUUGUUAUGUUGUUUACUUAAUUAUUAUUAUACAUUUUUUUUUUGAAACUAAAAAUUUAUAGUAUACCUAUUAUAGGCCUUUAAAUGGU